UUAUUUUAUGAAUUUUCAAACCAGCGUUGUUCGCGCCUCUAAACGUUCUAGCAACUCUCGAAUUUUUCUUUCUUUCCUUAUUUUUUUCUUUUUUCUCAAUUUUCCGCUUCCGCCUUUUUUUGACUACUUAAACAAUAAUUGUUUGGGCAGCCGUUCUCUUUUUUUUUUAUAAAUUACGUAUAUUUUUAUUUUAAACGAUUGUUAUUUUCAACGAGAAUUGAGUGAAAAAAAAAAUGAAAAAGUCAAUUUGGCGAAUACAGGCACCCCCCCCCCCCCCCCCCCCCCGCAAAAAAUAUUUUUUUAUAUUUGAGACACGCACUUUAAAAUUGUAAUACUUUUUAAGUAUUUAAAGGGGACAACAAACUUUUGAGUAAUUUAAAAGAAAAUUGAAUUUGACAGAAAAGGAAGACAUAGGAAAGGAAAGAGGAAAAAGUUUGUUGAACUAUUAAGGAAGAAGGUUCUAUAAAACAUUGUAGGUAUUUAAAAAAUAUUUGAGUUUUUGGCUUACACCCACGCGACUAUUAAUUCCAUCACUAAAUUAAGGAGGAAAUUACCUAAAUUAAGUUGUAACUGAUCAAAACGGUAUCUCUCUAAAAGGACACACUUCGGACUGAGUUUCAUCGACGUUAGAAAGGCGACGUCUGAGGGAGGGAGGGAGGGAGGGAGGGAGGGAGGGAGGGAGGGAGGGAGGAAAGGAUGGAGGGAGUGUAGUUAUCAUCGAGAGAUUUGAUUUUAUUAAAAAAACAACCGUAUUUCUUCUAAUAGUGCAGACUCCCU